AUGAGUGUUGAUUUAGAAGAAGCGAACGAAACUCAAAAACUUAUGCAAAAUGAAAGUCAAGAACAAAAAAACAUACCACAAAUGGCUGGGUCUCCGGUCACAAGUAUUAAAUUAUCUAGUGAAGCAGCAAGUCUCACUUCGAGAAAUCAUGGACCUGGGCAGUUGUUCACUAGCACUGGGAACAAUAGUGUGAAUGAAUCUGCCAAAUUGUCAUAUGUUAAUGAAAGAAGGUUACAUCGUGAUUUCGUUCGUUCGAAUUAUAAUACUAAACCAAAACAUAUUCCAAAAGAGACCCCAGAUGUUAAACAUAUGGAAAAAGCACUGCUUGAGUUGCUUGAUGAUUUCCAUACAGGAAAGUUAAGCGCAUUUGGUUCUGGUUGUAGUAUGGAACAAAUGAUUAAUAUAAGAGAUCAGCAAGAACACUUAGCAAGGUUACAUUUUCGUUUAUAUGGUGAUGCUGAGAAACCCACUGAAGAUAACUUUGAUAAUUCUGACUCUAAAGACAAAAUGGCCCAAUUAGUACAAAGUUUGGAACAACUGUCUGCAUCAAUAGAACAUUUACAUUCCGAUGGUAGUGUUAGCUCUAGUUGUAAUGAUAAUAAUAAAUAA